AUGAGUGAAAUACGUGAACGUAAGAAUCUCAGAGGUUCGCGGCGAGAAAAGAAAGAGAGAAAUAUAGAACAACAGGCCGUUGAUAUGGGAACUAUUCCUAGUAUUCCUUCUUUAUUUCCAAACGAUAGGGAAACCCAGAAUUUCGAGUCUCAGGUUGACAUUUCGAUGAACGCAAUCGAAGAGAUCAUUCCAUCUUUUUCGCAAUCUUCUCAAUCUUCUUUGAGUACCGUAGUUGAGACUUUACGUCACGCCUUGAAGUAUGACUUGACUUUGCGGGUAGGUGUAGAUAAGCCUGACUUUUCAAUUGACGUCAAUGAAGCUGUUCUCAAUGAAUUAAAAAAUCAUGUUGUCAAACAAAACGAGAUUUUGAAAAAACUCAAUCUUUUUGCUGAGAGUAUAGAUCAACAGCGGUUGGGUCGUUUUAGUGUUUCUGUCUGUCAGCCAAUUGAUUUGUCUUGUUCAGACAACUCGGUCGACAACUCUGACAUUAAAAUCUCAGACAUCGUCGAGUAUACCACGCAGUAUAUGAUCACAUCCAAUCGCCUCCAAGACCUUGUCGCUAACUUAAAUACCAAACUUGAAAAAGCCGUCAAUGUUCGUUCCGACACAACUGUUUAUGAAGACCUUCUCAACGCAACAGAGGAUUUAGUCGAUUGA